AUGCAGCAUUGCCAGUGCUCGCUCAACAACGAAGCUUCCUCUGUUGGUUCCUCUUCUGACGCGACUCGCGAUCAACCCGCGUCUGCCCGCAUUGCCUCAUCUGCCUCCUUUCAUGACCUCCCCGCUUCCUCCUCUUCCGCCUCCUCCUUUUCCGCCUCCUCCCUUCCUCCCCCUUCGCCCCUUCCCCCAAUCGCUCCUCCCCACAAUGCCUCAUCCCCCUCUUCCGACCACCUGCCUGCCUCCUCCGCUUCUCCCCCCUCCGCUGCUCCCCCCUUCUCCUCUCUCCCUUCCACUUCCCCAUCAGCCCCCGCUCCCGCGCCCGUCCUCCUCCCCCUGCUCUCCGCCUCCCCGCCCCUGCCCUCCUCCCCCGCGCCCUCCACUCUCCCCUCCGCGUCGCUCCCCUUAGACCCAGGGCACUUUGAGUACCUGCCACUGAAGGCUCCUUUCCGCAUGGCCAUGGGGGUGCAAUCCAUGGCGAUGCACGACUGGAUACAGGCCAUGGCGAUGGAUGACAGGCUACAGAUCGACCCCUUCUCCCUCUCGCACCAUCAUCUGCACAACCACGCCACGGGUGAUUCAUUCGACCUGUCAGAUUCAUUUCAGGACCCUCUAGAGAUCAUGGCACAACUCAUACAGGAGGAUGUAUGCCUCAUGCUCCCUCGCCCUUCCUCCACCCCCCCCUCCUCUCAUACUUCCUCCUCCCCUUACUCCUCCUCUCCUCCCUCCACCUCUUCCUCUUCCUCCACUUCCCCUCUCUUCCUUGUCUCUGGUGCUGUUCUUUUUCCAAACGGCUGGAUUCUGCCCGAAAAACUCGGGCUGCCCACCGCUCAAAUCCACACGCCCGUGCCCCUCUACGAGUCGACAAUUUCUCGGGCUGUCGACAAAUUUCUGAACAACCUGGAGCCGGGCAGCCCAUUCGAGCGCUCCAAUUGGACGAUAACAGAUGACCCGCGGCUGUUCCGACCGAUAUCAGAGGCGUCAUAUGCCUCCCUGGUGGAGGCAAAGGCAGGCUUUGCAGAGCAGAAGCAUCAAGAGAAGCAACAGCAGCAGUUGCAGCAAGAGGAGAAGCAAGAGGAGCAGGAGGGUGGUGAAUUGAUAACAGUGGAGAGCGCUGGAUGGAGGCUCUUUACUCGCAGUGAAAGAGAGACAUUCGUGCGGCUGCCCAAGACCGGAGCGGUACUGUUCACCAUCCGCACGCACAUGAAGCCACUGCGAGUGUUCUCCGGGCGGCGCCAGCUGGCUGCUGACGUGGCACGGGCCAUGGACGCGCUGCCAGGCGAGAUCAGGCGGUACAAGAUGAUUGGAGGGCGGCUUGCUGAUGUGGCACGGGAGUAUCUAAUUCAAUGCUCGGAGGGACUAAUGUGA